AUGAGUAAUGUUAGUAAUUAUACGAUCGCUUUAAUACUAUGUCUUCAGACAGCAUCUAAUUGUGUUAUUUCAACUGUUGGACAAUAUAUUUAUGCAUAUUAUUUACAAAUCUAUCCAACAUCAUCAAAUACAACUCAAAAUCUUACUAAAAUAAUAAUUCCAUCAUACCAUCGUUUAAAAGUUGUUAACAACGUAUUGAAAUCAUGUCUAGAUAAUACAACUAGUAAUUCUUCAAAUGGUAACGCUCAAUUAUGGGCACAAGAACAAUCAGCUGAUUUAUUUUUUCACAUUAAUUUAUGGAAUAGUUGUCCAUUGAUUAUAAUGACUUAUAUUCUUGGAUUGUAUACUCCAAAAUUAGGUAGAAGGUUCGUUCUCAUUAUGCCGAUGUUAGGAACGACUGGUCAAUUAACUAUAUGGUUGUCAAUUCUUUAUUUUCAUUUAGCUGAUUAUUGGUGGUAUAUAGCAAGUUUUAUUAUGAGUUUAUCUGGAUCAACUUAUGUUUUAAAUUUUGUAAUGAAUUUGAUAAUAACAGAUAAUACAAAAGAAGAUAAUCGAUCUUCUCGUUUUGUUUUCUAUGAAGCGCUAACAACUACAGUAUCUGCUGGAGUUACAUGCGGUAUUGGUUAUUAUAUUAAUUGGCGUGGUUUUGCAGAUCUUUAUUGGCUAUCAUUAGGCCUACAAAUCCUUUCGAUUAUAAUUGUUAUUUUUUUUGUCAAAAAUCCUUCUCAUAUAAUCGAUGAAAAUACUUCUCUUUUAUCGUCAUCGAUUCAAAAUAACGGUGAAAUUGAAAUUAAAGAGUCGCGUUCUUUAAGAACGAAAUGUAAAAAUUAUCUUUUUAUUUUUAAAAUAUUCAGUUUCAAAAAUCGUUCAUACAGAAAACCAACUAGUCUUCUUCUAAUUCUAUUCGCUUACAUUUUUUAUCUAUUAGCAUAUUCAACAUACGCAUCAUUCCUUUGGUAUUUACUUGAUGCACCAUUUUGUUGGUCAUCUGAAAGCAUUGGGAAUUAUAUGGCAUUAUCGUCGAUAGCUUGUGCUAUUUUGAGUUUAUUGGGAAUGAAAUUCUUUACUUAUAUCGGUGCUAAUGAUAUGAUGAUCUGUUUGUUUAGUCAUUUAUGUUUCGCUCUAUCAUCGCUUUGGAUUGCAUUUGCCAAAUAUAAUUGGCAAUUGUACGCGGGAUUAUUAAUAAGUCCGUAUGCUGAUUAUCAAAAUCCUUUAACGAUAUCGAUGUUAUCAAAAUUAUUAGAACCUCAUGAACGUAAUAAUGCAUUUACGCUAGUAGCUGAAGUAACUACGAUAAUAACAAGUUUUGGAGAUUCGAUUUUCAAUUGGAUUUACGAAGAAACAGUAGGAAAUUUUCGAAAUUUUACUUUAUUGUUGGCUGUUGGAUUUAGUAUUAUUUCUUUUAUUUUAACGAUAUGUCUAAUUGGUGCUACACGACGAAUGCCUAAUGAGAAUCGAGUUUCAUUCGCUGAAUCGAAGCCGCUUAUUUUACCAAGUAUUAAUCAUAAUAUAACGCAUUCGGGGGAUAUUAUUUGCCCAUCAUUGUUAUAUUCAUCGACACUGUCACAUCCAUCAAAUCAAAAUAGUUCUCAAAUCAACUCAAUUGACAAGACGAUCAUAACAACAGACGAUCUUGUAGUUCUUUGA